CCCAAUGGAGAUCGUUAAACUUCAUAAGUUGCUCUUUUUGUUUGUUGGUGGCCGAGGCACAUAUCAGGCUGCUGUAGGGGCACAAGUGUCUUCAGGAAUUGGGUGUUUGACAAUGUUAGAGAAACUAUCACUUAUCAAGGCAAACAACAAGAACCAGAGCAUUGUAAAAGAGUUAGGGAACUUGAUUCAUAUGAGGGAACUUGGGAUCACAGAACUCAAGGUUGAAGAUGGAAAAAAUUUGUGUGCAUCCAUUGAGAAGAUGGAGCAUCUUUGCUCUUUGUAUGUGAACUCAGCAAGCAAGGAGGAGUAUCUUGAUUUGAAUUAUGUGACGAACUCUCCUCAACUGAUUAAUAGUCUAAUUCUUGGAGGGAGGUUGGAGGAAAUUCCAGCAUGGAUUGGUAAACUUAACAGUUUGUCUAAAAUACAGCUCAAAUGGUCAAAAUUGCAGAGCAGCCCACUCGAGGCCCUUCAGGCUUUGCCUUCACUAAAGGAGCUUCAUCUGUAUGAUGCUUACACUGGUACGGUGAUGGAAUUUAGUGCUGAAUGCUUUUCGGAAUUGAAGAUGUUAGAAAUUGAACAAUGCAAUAGGUUAAACAAGGUUGUGAUUCAAGAACGAGCAUUGCCUAAACUUCAAAAGCUGACAAUAAAAAAAUGUGAUAGCUUGGUUAUGGUGCACAUAACAAAGAAUUUUCUCAGCCAGCUGGAGGAAGUGCUUGUUCCACAAGACCUUAUUAGUAUGAUAAAAGGAUGAGAGGCGUUGUCGUUGAAGCACCUCUUUGAUAUAAAGCUUUGAGGGAAGAAUUGAUUCGUGGAGUUGCAGAGGCUGGUUUAUUAGCUAUUUAUGUAAUGCUUGGAAUUUUCAUUGUACUUGGAGACUUUUGGUCAUUAGAGAUUGUUAUCAUGGUAAUUGCUACAUGGAGUCGCUAAGAAAAAAAAGAAGGAAAAUAAAAA